AUGGACCGUACAGACGACGAGAUUUUCAACAAGGCGUUCCGAACGCAGCAAAAAUUGACCGCAAGGGGUCUGCGAACGCCUCGACUAGGCAAUGCACUAAAAACAACUACCAACACCGCCACAGAGGCCGGUAGAGAUGAGUCCGCUUCUCUAUCGCGAGAGCAACAAAUAGUCUCGCCGGCGUUAGCUUCAACCCCCAAGAUCCCUCCACAGCUUGAGAUCGCGCACACGACAAGGCUAGAGACACAGAAGCCCAGCAAGAACAAUAAAAAGGGUGCAACUGCCAACCGUUAUGGCCAAUUCUGGACGCGAUCGGUCGAGUUUGGAAGCACGGUUUGGUCCGACAUCUGCAAAGUUGUCAUGGUGACCUGGACGCUUGUGAGGGGACCCUCUCGACUCAUCGCGGCCAUUCUCUUUGCCCUUUGGCCACCUCUUCGAAUACUUCUCAUCUUCACUGUCGUCAUCACCGUCGUGGUGACCGCUUUGCUGGCGACCGUGGAGUUCAUAUGGCAGGCAUCACACCUAGCCACAGCUCUGUCGUUCGUGCUCACUCUGGGGAGCACAUUCAACACAGUCGUACUCCCAAGGAUGACAAACCUAUUCCACACCGGAUCGCUCGCCAGCAACUCGGCCCCCAUGACAACGACGGCAUCCCUCGUGGCAGCACCAUCUUUCACCCCGACCCAGGCGACUAUCUUCACCCCCAAGGGCCUCGCACGCGAGUUCAGAGACUUGGAGAAUUGCGUGGCCUACCUCAGCAAGAUCCCCGUCGGAGAGGGACAGCCAGCAGAGGUUCAAAAGAGUGUAAGCAUCGUCUGGGACGUGUUGUUGGAAGGGAGAGCCAAAGAUUUCAUCAACGGAUCCAGAAAUGAAAAAAGCCUCCUUACGGGAUCGAUAGCCUGGAAUCGCCUCUGGGACGCAAUAGAUCCCGAUUUCGAUUUUAUCAAGGGUCAGAACGCCCUCUUGGAAGCAGUAGAGACGGAACAGCACGACACGGAAUCAGCACAAGCAGAACGGAUGCUCAAGGACAUGCGCCAGAGACCAGCUGAGGAGGAAGUCGGGGGGACGUCCGGGGUUCGGGGCCGGAUUCUCGCGCUUUUCGGUGCCGAUGGCGCCGAGGAGGCGAGGAAGCUGCUUGUUCACGCGCGGCUUAACGAUUUCAGCAAGAUGGUGGAGAGAGCUCGGAAGUCGAGGCAAUCCAUGUAUGAUGCUGUGCGCACCAUGCCGGACACGUCGAUGAAGGGGGUCAAAGAGCACAUAUGCGAGAUGAAGACGUACUUUUUGCAGGCGGCUGGGAGGGGGAACCGAUGGUCCGAAGUUCAACUCGCCAUGGUGGGCGCUGGCGACAACAAGAUGGAGCGCGGGAUCCCCGAUAACUACGACGGCGGCGGCGGCGGCCAGGCAGAGACGGACCCAGCUGCGGCCAUGCCGCCGGGACAGACGACACGUCUCCUUCGCACAUGGCACCGCGCCAGCUCCCUCGGGUGUGAGAGAGCCUUUCUUGUCAUGGGAGACAUGGCGAAGCGCGCCGGUCUGUUAGAGGACCAACUGCGGAGGCUAUCUCAGUACGUCACAGUCGUGAGUAGCCUUGGGGACGACGUGGAGAUGGGCGCCCAGGGGGUCGGGUUAACCGAGUUCGAGCUGAGGGCCCUUAUUGGCGAGUUUAUUGACUUGGUCCGUGGAUGA